AUGUUCUCUUGGAUCGGUUGAUAUCAAUCAAAUAAUGAUCUUUUAUGAUAGUUCAAUGUUUUUCUUUUUCCAAUUAUUGAUUUCUUGUAUUUUUUAAAGUAUAAUACUAUGGUUGCAUUAUUCUAAUAUUGCAUCAUUACAGUUCGUUUGCACAUAAUGUCACUAUUAUCACAUCUGGGAAAAAUAUGCUGCUCAAAAUGUUCUUCAAUACCAUCUUCUUCAUCUAGAUUAUUUUGUUCAAUUAGUCGGAUACCCAAAGCAAAGUCAAGGAUUUUUACGCGCCGCAAAAACACAUGCAAAACAAACUUUUAGAAAUGUUAGUAUUGUUGAAACAAAACGCGAAUCUUUCAAGUUGAAAAAUGCGACAUGGAAGGAUAUGAAAGAGAUUUUCUCAUUAGCUGGACCUUAUAAAGGCAGAAUUAUGCGUAAGUAUUUAGAUUUCAAAAAAAAACGAGAAUAAAAAAUAUUUUUCAGUUGGUAUUUCAUUUUUGGGAGUGAGUAGUUCGAUUUUUCUGCUAACUCCACGAGUUUUGGGAAAAUUGAUUGAUGAAUGGGAUGAUACAAAGAAACAAGAUCCAAAUAAUCCUGAUAAAACUCUCGAACUCGCCAGAUUCUUCAAAGCCAAUCCAGCUGCAUUGGUAGCGAUUUUAUUUCGUUGGAGCGGCUGCAAUUGCAGCAAGAGUUUAUUGUAUGCAUACAGCUGGACAAUUAGUUAUUAAUGAUUUAAGAAAAUCAGUUUUUCGUUCGGUUCUUCGACAGGAUAUGGCAUUUUUUGAUAAGAAUAAAGUUGGCGAGAUUGUUUCCCGAUUAUCAACUGAUGCUUUGAUUGUUGGUUAUUCAGUUUCUAUGAAUUUGUCAGAUGGUGCAAGAGCUUUGAUAACAUGUUUAGGAUCGGGUGGAUUAAUGGUAAGGAAUUCAAAUACAGUUUUUUUCAAAACCCGAAUAUAAUUUCAAAUGUUUACCAGGUAUAUACUUCAUUGGCAAUGUGUAAAGUGAUGUUCGUAGUUAUCCCAAUAAUUGUCGGAACUUUUGCGGUAUUUGGUAAACUUCAACGAAAAUACACUUUAAUGAUGCAAGAAGCAGUUGCUGGAGCAAAUCAAGUUGCAACAGAACGUCUUUCAAGUGUUCGAACUGUUCGAAUGUUAGUUGCCGAAAAGAAAGAACAACAAGCCUAUGCAGAUAAAAUUAAUGAUAUUUGGGGAAUUUCGAAAAAAGAAGGGUUGGCCAAAGGUUGCAUGUUUGGAUCCGUAUGUUUAUUUUUGAAUAAGUUUUUAAUGGGCUCUCAAAAUGAUGUUUCAGUUCCAAUUUACUGGCUACAUCGCUUUAUCAACCAUUUUGUUCUACGGAAGUAAUUUGAUUAGUCAAGGAUUGUUGACAUAUGGUGAAUUAUCCUCAUUUUGUUUAUAUGCGGUUUUGAGUGCGGCGAGUUUAUCCAACAUUUCCGGGUUCUAUUUGGAGUUGAUGAAGGGACUUGGAGCGAGUUCGAGGCUUUUCGAAUUGAGAAAUCGAAAACCGAUUAUUCCGUUGGAAGGUGGAAUUUUGAAGGGAAAUGUUGUUGAGGCAAUCAAGUGAGUUAUUAUUCAAAAAAAAACGGAUAUUUUUUUUCGAAAAAAAAACUACGAAAAAGCUUUAAGCGAAGGCUGCAAAUGAAAAAAAAACUGCCGCGAUUCAAAAUUUUUCAGAAAUGACACAAAUGAGUAACCCCAAAUAAAACGGAAACUCACGUUGUUUUCUGAAACGGCGCCUGAUUGGAAUAUUGUUUUUAUUAGAAAUGCCAAAUUUUAUGUCUCUUCUCAAAUUGAAAACAAUUAUAGCGUGAACCUAAAUACGUGUUCAUUAAUUGAAACGAGCAAGCGUUUCGCAUUUUUAUAAAUUUAAAAAUUGCAUCAUGGGACAAGAAUUCUAACAAGGCAUGUUUCACAGUAUAUUUAAAAACACAUCCAUAUAACUUUCGGUUAUAAAUAAAAUAGUUUUUUUUCAGAUUCGAACGUGUUGCUUUCGGUUAUGCUGAUCGUGAUCCAUUAUUCCACAACAUUACAUUUGAUGUUCCCGCUGGAAAAAUCACAGCCGUCGUCGGUUCAUCCGGUUCUGGAAAAUCGACAUUAGCCAGUCUUCUUCUUCGCCUUUACGAUCCAACUGGUGGAAAGAUUACUGUAGAUGGUGUCGAUUUGAAAACAAUAGAUCCAUCAUUUUGGAGAAGACAUAUUGGAACAGUCGGACAAGAACCUGUGCUUUUCUCGACAACUAUUCGUGAAAAUAUUAUUUACGGAUCUGAACAACCGGAAAAAGUCACCGAAGCAGAAGUAGGUUUAUUCUGUUGUUUUGUUUUUUGAUCAACAGCUGAGAACUUGAAAAUUAAACAAAUGAUUGAUCUUUGAGUUCUUAUCAUAUCAAUUGAAACAUUGAUACAAAUUUGUUUAGUAUAGUAACAAAUUAGAAGGAAAAAGGGGCUUUUUCAGAUUUUGUCGGCUGCCGAACAAUCAAAUGCUGCUGAUUUUAUUGAUGCUUUCCCCGAAAAAUACGAGACUAAAGUUGGUGAACACGGUUCGACUUUGAGCGGAGGACAAAAACAACGGAUUGCUAUCGCUAGAGCACUUGUUAAUGUGAGUUUUCGUAUUUAGAAAGAAAUGUUUCGAGAAUAAAAUUCCGAAAUUUUUUAAUAUCCACAAUAUUAUUUUUCAGAAUCCAAAUAUUCUAAUAAUGGACGAAGCAACAUCUGCUCUCGAUGCAACAUCCGAAUAUCAAGUCAGAGUCGCAUUGAAUAAAUUGUUAGCAAAUAGUAAUCAAACAGUUUUGAUUAUUGCUCACAGGUUUGAUUUUUGUUCUUUCUCUUCUUUUUUCUGCAAAAAACACUUUUUCUCAAAUAAUUGUUUUCCGUUUUCUAGACUUUCAACCAUCAAACAUGCCGAUCAAAUAGUUGUUGUCGACAAAGGAAGUGUUGCCGAACAUGGAAGUUAUGAUGAACUUAUGAAAAUACCUGAUGGUAUUUUCGCAAAACUCGUCGAAAAACAAACUUUCGGCUUUAAAGAAUCUUAUUAG